AUGGCCUAUCGAGAUGGCGCAGAGUUGCACAGGAGAACGAGCCGACGCCGGCAUCCUCCCAGCCCGCCGCAAAUGCCCGACUAUGAUUGGCACCCUCACCCCACCGCUGCUGAGUCGACCUACGACCCGAUGCCCUACCGGAGACCCAGAGACUUUAUACAAGGGCCCGACGAGACGAGCUCGCCCUUGGGACCGAGAAGAAUCGUAAAGCUCAGCAGUGCGCCUCCCACCCCAGGAGCCACGAUGCCCAGAACCCCCAAGGCUGCUGCUCCGUACAGGAGGGGAAGGGUACCGGUGGACAACGGCUAUGACCCCUACGACGACGAGGACGAGGACGAGGAUGACGAGGAGGACGACCAAGAGGAGGAAUCCCCCCUAGGUAGACGGCGGCGGCAGCAGACCUCGAGUCGACACCGGAGCCGCAGCACGGCCCAUCACUCGAGGACGCCGCGGGUCCACGAGUCGAGGCGGUCGUCGAGAUAUUCGCAGUCUGACUCGGAGACGGAGUCGGACAAGGACUCGGAAACUACCGUCUCAUCACACGAAGAGAAGCGGGAAAGACGACGUGAAAGAGACAGGCGGGAGCGGGAACGGGUAGGGUACGAAAAGGCAAAACGCCAUACCCAAACCAUUGUCGAGCGGCGGACGCCGCCGUCAGCCGAAAAGACACCGAAGCGCCGUAGAAAAGUCAAAAAGAUCAUCUACUUGGAGGAGGAUGGCUCUACGGAGCCUACGCCGCGGCAGUCCAUGGGCGACCUCAGCCGCUCGUCGUCGCGGCACCGCUCUCACCCGUCGUCGUCGCGUCCGGCGUCCGACAGAUACUAUCCCAGGCAGCAUUCUCAUAGUCCCGUCAGGAGAUCAAGCCGCCAUCGUUCCUCGGCCAAGACGUACGAGAUCUCUCAGCCUCCUAGCGCCUCCAAGAGGUUGGCUUACGAGAUUCGUCCGGAUCGGGGUCGUCUUGAAUUGACCCCGAGCAGGCAUUCCAAGAGACACCCGCCCCAGGUUGUGUACUCAGAGACGCGGCCAAUCCGCCGCUCCAAUACCGUCUCGGGGGCAUCGCAUGUCACGUCGCACACGCAAAGCACGACUUCGUCGAAUAGGCGGUCGUCUACUUUCUUGGGAAACGUACUCACGGGGAGUACCGUCUCCCGCUCGUCAGAGAAGCCAGCCAGAAUCGAAUGUCUUGUGUGUAUGGAUGAGUUCCCGGCGAGCAGGGUCGCAAAGUUCAAGUGCGGUCAUCGAAUGUGUGACCCGUGCCUCAAGAGGCACUUUAAGAUAUCCAUCACCGAUCCGCAGCAAAUGCCUCCAAAGUGCUGUGCCGCAAAUAUACCCUUGAAGCAUGUCGACCACUUGUUCACGAACGACUUCAAGAAGAAGUGGAAUAGAAAGUUUGCAGAAUAUACGGCCCGCAACCGCAUUUACUGCCCUUCGAGAAAGUGUGGCGCGUGGAUCAAGCCCCAAUGCAUGCGCAAUGAAGGGGGCCGCCAAUCCGCCAAAUGCGGUCACUGCAGGACCAAGGUAUGCUGCUCUUGCAAUGGCCGGUGGCACUCGUCGAGGGAAUGCCCCGACGACGAGGAGACGACGAAGUUCCUGGACCACGCCAAGGAUGAGGGAUGGAAACGUUGCUACAAGUGCAGUCACAUGGUUGAGCUCAAGGAGGGCUGCAACCACAUGACAUGUAUUUGCGGAGCGCAGUUUUGCAUGGUGUGCGGCACCAAGUGGAAGAGCUGCGAUUGUCCGUGGUUCAAUUAUGAGACGGCGGACGCCGAUCGGCUCAAUGGGAUGCAUGUGCCGUUGGCGAUGGGCCAGCGAAUGGAGCGGCCGGAGCUGGGUGCCGAGACCCCGAGAAGCACAAGAAGCAUCCGAUCAGCAGGCGUAGGGCCCACGAUGUCUCGUUCGCGAUCCCAAGAGUACGACAGCAGACUGAUGAGGAGGUUCCAAGAGAACCGCGACGAAGACCUCGCGCGGACGAUGCAGACUUACGAGCUCGACGAUGCUUAUGACAGAGGGUACGGGGAUAUCAUCGGUCUCGGCAACACGGCCGGCCACUUUAUGAACGAAGACUAUCGCAGAGAGCCAGACGUAUUCGCAUCCGCGCCCGUGCCGCCGGCGCCAACGCCACCGACAGCGUUUGAGCGACCGCUGCCAACCGAUUACAUGUCGGGCGUCAACCGGGCAAGAGGUCUUCCUCAGGAUCCUCUUGGGCAGCGUUUGGCUGAGCGAUUCUCCGAGUCGCGUUCGAGUCCAGGUGGUCCCCGGCCGGGCAUGACGGCGCCGCCGCCACUACCGCCGCUCGCGUCCAUGGCAGCUCCCAUCAUGGGUCCUCCUCCUCCCAUGAUGGGACCAAUGACCAUGGGCCCGCCGCCGCCGAUGCCGCCACCGAUACCGAUGCUGAGAAGACACACAAUGGAAGAGGAUGUGUACACCAGCGCCAGGACGACGCGACCAUCCGAGCGGGUGGUGCCGGGGCGGAUGAUACAAGACUAUGAGAUGGAAGCGGCGGCGCACACUCCCCGAAGCCGGAGACGAAUGCGAGAGGAGCCCAAGUCAUCGACGCUCGCCGGGCUCACGGGCAUUGGGCGCGGCGUGAACCGGGUGCACGAAUGGCGAAACUACGUGUGGCCGGGUAGGCCCGAGGGAGAACAUGCAGUCGUGGCAUGA